UCCCCGCAGCUCAGAGUCACCUUGCUCCGGCUACUGCUGCUCGACCGACCCGGUGUGACAGAGGCCGACCGUCCGGCUCAGAGGCACACAGGCAGCGGGAAUCUAACCGGAGGAAACAUGGCGGAGACGAAGCCCAAAACCUCCCCGAAGGCCAUCAAGUUCCUGUUCGGAGGCUUGGCCGGGAUGGGGGCGACAGUGUUUGUGCAGCCUCUGGACCUGGUGAAGAACCGGAUGCAGCUGAGCGGUCAGGGAACGAAGGCUCGAGAAUAUAAAACCAGUUUCCACGCUCUGGUUUCUAUCCUGAAGAACGAAGGAGUGGGGGGCAUCUAUACCGGUCUAUCUGCAGGUCUGCUGCGUCAGGCGACCUACACGACGACCCGUCUGGGAAUCUACACCAUCCUGUUUGAGAAGAUGACCAGCGCCGACGGCCGGCCGCCAAACUUCCUCCUCAAGGCUCUGAUCGGGAUGACAGCUGGAGCUACCGGAGCGUUCGUUGGGACGCCAGCAGAGGUCGCUCUGAUCAGGAUGACGGCCGACGGACGUCUCCCAGCAGACCAGAGGAGAGGUUACUCUAAUGUUUUUAACGCUUUGGCUCGAAUCACCAAAGAAGAAGGAGUGACGACGCUGUGGAGGGGUUGUAUUCCCACCAUGGCUCGAGCGGUGGUUGUGAACGCGGCUCAGCUGGCGUCUUAUUCUCAGUCCAAACAGGCGCUGCUGGACUCAGGGUACUUCGGGGACGAUAUUCUGUGUCAUUUCUGUGCCAGUAUGAUCAGCGGUCUGGUUACCACGGCAGCGUCCAUGCCCGUCGACAUCGUUAAGACCAGGAUCCAGAACAUGAGGAUGAUUGACGGGAAGCCCGAGUACAAAAACGGUUUGGAGGUGCUGGUGCGUGUGGUGGGGAAGGAGGGCUUCUUCUCUCUCUGGAAAGGUUUCACUCCGUACUACGCUCGGCUCGGCCCGCACACGGUCCUCACCUUCAUCUUCCUGGAGCAGAUGAACCGGCUGUACAAGACACACGUCCUCGACCGCUAACACACACACACACCUGAACACACACUCACACACACACACACACACACACCUAUACCUGAACACACACACGAGGACUUGAGCCACUAGAUGAUCAUGUUUUCUUAAAUGAAAUCUUUCGGUGUAUUUAAAGGAGCAGUCUGACAUUUAAUGAAGUCCAAUAAACGUGUUAGACUGAUCCUUUAACAUGAGUGUACACACACACACAUACACACACACAUGCAUACACACACACAUACACACAUGCAUAUAUAUACACACACACACAUACACACACACAGAGGCGGUUUUUGACUGAAGCACAGUGUUAAAACGGGACUGUACCAAGUUAUACACACACACACACACACACUGCCGUUCUGAGAUGGUACAGUCCAACUCCACACACACACACACACACACACACACACACACACACACAUACUGGAAAACACUCGCUGUGUUUUAAAUUAAAAUUCUUUUUGUAAAAACAAAAGAAUGUAAAAUAAAGUAGUUGUAACCUGA